CAAUGAUUCAUACAUCUGCAGAUUUCUCAUUGGAAAUCAUGUAGGCCAGAAAACAUUGGAACAGCAUCUUUGAGGUGCUUAAACAAAUCGUCAACUCAGAAUUAUAUAUCCAGUGAAAAUUUCCUUCAGGAAGAAGGGGGGGAAAUGUCACACCUAUGCUAACAAGGAGUGUUAAAGGAAGUUCUUUAGGUUGAACAGAAAUGAUACCAAAUGGAAACUAGGAACUUCAGAAAUGAAAAAAGAGCAACAAAAAUAGAACAGAAUGAGUACCUGGGGAACGUCGAGGUGUGUGAGAACUGCCAGGUAUGGCGGUGCAGGCUGUCCCAUGCUCGUGGGCAUCCUGCCAGGAUAGCCUAGUGGCAGCUGGACCCCAGCCCACACCCUGCUUGUGAAGGUGUCUCUGCCUUUCCCCAGGAAACGGAGAAGAUGAUCAAGUUCCAGGAGCCAGUGUCCUUCAAGGACGUGGCCGUGGUCUUCACCGAGGGGGAGCUGGGGCUGCUGGACUCUGCCCAGAGGAAGCUGUACCGAGACGUGAUGCUGGAGAACUUCCGGAACCUGAUCUCAGUGGGGAAUCAGCCCUUCAAACCGGAGCUUAUAUUCCAGCUGGAGAGAGAAGAGCUUUUGAUGAUGGAGACGGAGACCCAGAGAGAAGGGUGUUCAGGAACCAAGAGUCAACAUAAUAUGGAAAGUAUUCAAGAAGUGGGAUUAAGCUGCCUUUCCCCCAAAGAGCUUUCCACCUGGCAGACCUGGCAACAAGGUGCAGGCAGGUUAACUGGGUGUCAAGAUUCGAUGAAAAUUUUUCAAGAGAAUAUUUCUCAGCUGCAAAAACAAGGCGAUUCCCCCUGCCAAGUUUGGCCAGGAAUACCGAUUCAGAUUUCUGAAGAUGAGAACUACGUAUUGACUCAUAUAGGAGAUGGUUCCCAUUACAUAAAAAGUCAAGAAUUUCCCCCUUGGAGAGCCCAGCAUUCCUGGAGGAAAAUGUAUCUUACAGAGUCACGUAAUUAUCAGUGUAGAUGUCAGAAAAUUUCCAUGAAAAAUGAUUUCUGUAUGUCUGAAAGUAUCAGUUGGAUCUCACAUCACAAUGAUAAUCUGGGUGCACACAGAACAGAAAAAAUCUAUAGCUGCCAUGACUGUGGAGAAGGUGUCAUGAAGGUUUCAUUGCUUAAUCAAGACUUAAUUCAGACAGGGCAAAAGCCCUACCCUGGUAAUGAGUACAGAAAAGCCUUCAACAAUGACUCCAGUUCUGAAGUUCUUCAGCAGUUACACUUAGAAGGCAAGCCCUGUACCUAUAGUCCAUGUGGAAAGGACUGUAGUUACAGUUCAGUUCUUCAUACUCAUCAAAGUGUUUGUAGAGGAGAUAACUGUGUUUCUGAGAGUUCACAUCUGCAAUGCCAUCAGAAAGUACAAGCAGAGGAGGUGGCAUUUAAAUAUGAAUAUGGUGAGAAUGUCAAUCAGUGUUCCUCUCAUAACACAUAUGAACUCACUCACACAGGAGAGGUGUCCAACAGAUGCAACAUUUAUGAGAAGGGCUUCAGUCAUAGCUUAGACCUUAGUAGUAGUUUUAGGGUCCAUACUGAGCAGGAGGAACCCUAUGAAUUUGAGGAGAAUGGGAAUGCCUUUAACCAGAAUUCUUGCCUUCGAACCCAUCAGAAAAUCCAAACUGAAGAGAAACUAUACACAGAUGUGGAGUGUGAGAAGGGUUUCACUUGUAACUCAGAUUGUAACAUUCAGCACAGAGUUCACAUGGAAGAGAUUCCGUAUAAUUCUGAGGUGUGUGGUAAUGGCUUCAGUCUGGCCUCACAUUUUCAAGACCUUCAGAUAGUCCACACUAGGGAACAACCAUAUAAACACUAUACAUGUGGUAACAGCUUCAGCCACAAUUCAUACCUUCAAGGCCAUCAGAAAAUUCACAUUGGAGAGAAACCUUACAAGGAGUGUGGGAACGGCUUCAACUGGAAUUCAAAACCUAAAGAUCAUCAGAGAGUCCACACUGGAGAGAAGCCAUACAAAUGCAACGCAUGUGGUAAAGUCUUCAGUCACAGAUCAAUUCUUAAUGUUCAUCAGAGGGUCCACACGGGAGAGAAACCUUUUAAAUGUGAGGAGUGUGAUAAGGGAUUCAGUCGGAGUUCGUACCUUCAAGCCCAUCAGAGAGUCCACACUGGAGAGAAACCAUACAAGUGUGAGGAGUGUGGGAAGGGAUUCAGUCGGAGUUCAUACCUUCAAGGCCAUCAGAGAGUUCACACUGGAGAGAAACCAUACAAGUGUGAGGAGUGUGGGAAGGGGUUCAGUCGGAGUUCACACCUUCAAGGCCAUCAGAGAGUUCACACUGGAGAAAAGCCAUUCAAGUGUGAGGAGUGCGGGAAGGGAUUCAGUUGGAGCUUUAAUCUUCAAAUUCAUCAGAGGGUUCACACAGGAGAGAAACCCUAUAAGUGUGGAGAAUGUGAUAAGGGCUUCAGUAAGGCCUCAACUCUUCUGGCCCAUCAGAGAGUCCACACAGGAGAGAAGCCAUACCAAUGUGAUGAGUGUGGUAAGAGCUUCAGUCAGAGAUCGUACCUUCAAAGCCAUCAGAGUGUCCACACUGGCGAGAGACCAUAUAUAUGUGAGGUAUGUGGGAAGGGCUUCAGUCAGAGAGCAUAUCUUCAAGGUCAUCAGAGAGUCCACACCAGAGUGAAGCCAUACAAAUGUGAGAUGUGUGGGAAGGGCUUUAGUCAGAGCUCACGCCUUGAAGCACAUCAGAGGGUCCACACAGGAGGGAAACCGUACAAAUGUGAGGUGUGCACAAAGGGUUUCAGUGAAAGUUCACGCCUUCAAGCGCAUCAGAGGGUCCACACAGAAGGGAGGCCCUAUAAAUGUGAACAGUGCGGUAAGGGUUUCAGUGGGUUUUCAAGUCUUCAAGCCCAUCACAGAGUCCACACUGGGGAAAAGCCAUACAAAUGUGAGGUGUGUGGUAAGGGCUUCAGUCAGAGAUCAAACCUCCAGGCUCAUCAGAGAGUCCACACGGGAGAGAAACCAUACAGAUGUGAUGCGUGUGGUAAGGGUUUCCGUUGGAGCUCAGGUCUUCUAAUUCAUCAAAGAGUCCAUAGUGGUGAUACAUUCUAUAAAAGUGAAGAGUAUGGUAAGGAUUAUCUUUCUUCAGAGAAUCCAUACAAAAGUGAAAUUCUGUAAAAUGGUAUUCUAUUGCGUUCUGAAGUCCUCAAACGAGAGCUGAAAUUUUCCGUUCACUCCAGUUCUUAAAGUAGAAAAAGAAUUUCUUUCAUGGAAAGGUAAUGUUUCUGCCCAACAUCAACAUUCACAAUAGUCAGGAGACCACACAGCAGAGACAUCUAACGAGAGGGGUUCCAUACGGGAUUUUGUGAGAACGUUAACAUGUUAUUGCACGUUACUUUAAGCAGUUGUUGCACUAGGGCUUAAACAAGAUACGAGUAUAGUCAGGAUUUUAACAGAAGCACAGUGAUGAGCAUGCCUAAAUCCACGUCCACUGGAAUAUAAAGUUAAUGAGAGAAGGGGCUUCAUGCAUUGUGAAGUCUCCAAAGCCACGACACUGCAUAACUCAAUAUUAGGUGCUCAGUACUUUUUGCUAAAUGACUAAAAGUGUGUAAAGGUAUCAUGUUUGGAAUUUUUAUUAAGCUUAUUUUCUCCAAAAAGUCAUUUAAAAAUGUGUUUGGAGGAGGAAUACUGCAAGUAAUGUAAGCACUUCAAGUAAAUAUUAUUUGAAAUGUAUCAGCAGUAUCACAAUCUGAAACUACAUGAAUUUGGUUGUAACCCUUUUGGGAAUGGUUCUCUCCCUUUGUCCCUUGUGUAAGCAGGGAUGAACUGAAUUUCUUACCAUUUGGUCUCUUUCUCUACAGUAUACUAUCCAUUCAAGUUUAGCUGUGAGAUGUACACCUGUGUGCACUUUAAAGGACAGUACAAACUGUUAAAACAAUGUUUCUGGUUAACUUUACAAAAAUGGAACACUGCAUUUCACAUAAUUGAAUUUUUACUCCUGCCCUGUGUGUUAGGACAGAGUUUUACUGUAAUAUUUGGAAAGUGACAGAAAUGGUUACUAAUGACAAAUACUUUCUUAAUAAAUGUCAAAAUUACAAUA